AUGGACAUUUCAGAAUCUUCACUUGGCGAGCAGUGGAGAAGUCUGUCGUUCUGUCCUUCUCAUUCAAGAGAUGAAUCGAUGGAAAAACGCCUCACGCUGUCGGAAACACCCGGAGUGGCAGUAGAAGCAUCUCAAAACAAUGGAAUAAAUGAAAUAAUCGAAAUAAAUGAACGGAAUACAAGUGUGUUUCAGUUUAUCCCUCCUAAAGACAUCUCAAAGACGCAGCUUGACAUAACGGUUACUUCCGACUCGGAUGCGCUCUCUUACUUGAAAGUGUCACGGAUCUGUCAGGACAUUAAGGACAACGUUAGACUUGUGGAUUAUAGAGGCGAGUCUAUUCGUCUUACUUUUGCGAGGAAAGGACGUUUCACGUUAUCCAAGGCAUCUAUUCCUUCUGUGGCCGACUCAGCAAGCUGGUAC